AUGGAAGCCAACCCAAGGAAGAAGAUAAAAAUUGAAAGGCGACCUGACCAAUGUUCGUUCUUUAUGGCCAAGAAAGGUCGUUACUGUGGUACUCAGAGGAAGAAGGGAGAAGAAUUUUGUGUGCAACAUUUACCUAAUGAAGGGAAUCGAGUACCAUGUCCAUUAGAUCCAAAUCACUCAGUAUGGGAAAACGAUUUACAACGACAUUUAAAGAAGUGUAAUGCCAAACCCAAGACUAUGGAUGAAAGAGAUGAAUGGUACAAGGAGAAUUUGAACCUGAGGUUGGUAGAGGGAGAUGUAGAGGAGAAUAAAGAGACAAACAAAGAUCAAGAUGAUGAAGAUAAAGACAACGGGAACAAAAAGGACAAAAACGGUGAUAGCCCGGAAGAAACUUUCAAAUCCUUCGUGCAAUUAGUCAAACAAACUGUUUUUCCAGAUCUCGAGUAUAAAAUCGCCAACCAUCAAGGAUUAAAGAAACGAUUAGAUGAGAAAGAACAAGCUAAACACCCAAUCCAACAAGCCAGUUUAAUGGGAAAUUUAAAGUCCCAAGGUUUACUUAAUGCCAACUCUUUCUAUGUAGAGUUUGGAUGUGGGAAAGCUGAAUUGUCUCGGUUCCUUAAUUCUUGUGUUCAAUCAGAUAUGUUAGACAAUAACAGUUUUGAUAGUGAGAACUAUGGGUUUGGGCUCAUAGAUAGAGGUAUCAAUAGAAUGAAGAACGAUCCCAAGAUCAUUAAAGAAGCUCAGGAGUUCAAUAGUGAAUACGGUCGUUCUAAUAAACCCACCGUUAAAAGAACAAGGAUUGAUAUCAAGGAUCUUGACUUAAAGACCUUCCUCAAAGAUUGUAAACCAACCCAAGUCAUUGGGAUCUCCAAACAUUUAUGCGGAGUGGCUACUGAUUUGACCUUAAAGCUGAUUCUUAAUGCUAGGCUCGAUAACUUUGGAGGGUUAUUGAUAGCUAUGUGCUGUAGACAUGUAUGUGAUUAUGACCAAUUAUUACCAAUGUCUCAACAAUAUUUAACCACCAAGGGAUUCGAUAAACAUUCAUUCAAACACCUUAAACGAAUGUGUUCAUGGGCAGUUUCAGGAUCAAGACUAGCUGAAUCAGAAACUGAUGAACUAACAGGAUUAAAUGGUAAAGAAAAGAUUUCAAUUGGUCUUAUAGCUAGAAGAAUUAUAGAUGAAAGUAGAGUAUAUGCUAUGAAACAAUUAUUACCCCAACAUAAUGUAAAUAUCUUUUGGUAUGUGAAACCAGAUGUGACAUUAGAAAAUGUCUGUCUUUCCAUAACACCCAGUAAAUAG